GCAGCGCGGAAUCCCCUGAACGGAAAUGUAGCGCUUCGCCUCGCGCACAACAUCACACGCUCGGAACCUCGUAGUAAUAAUACUAACCAGUAAUAACCAGUAAUAGUAAAAACAUGAAGGUGUCGAGUAUAGACAGCCGGCACCUGAAGAAGCUCCUGCGCGCGGAGAGCGGGAAGUGCCUCGUGCUGGACUGCAGGCCGUACCUGUCGUUCUCCAGCUCGUGCGUGCGCGGCUCGGUCAACGUCAACCUCAACUCGGUGGUGGUGCGGCGCGCGCGCGGUGACCCGGUGCCGCUGCGCUUCGUCGUGCCGGAUGAGCGCGCGCUGUUCCGGCUGCGCGAGGGCAGCGUGUCGGUGGUGGUGGCGCUGGACCAGGGCACGCGCCACCUGCACAAGCUCAAGAAGGACAGCGUCGCGCGCCUCGCCAUCCACAGCCUCGCGCACCUCUCCAGCUGCGCCAACAUCUGCUUCCUCAAAGGAGGCUAUGAAAGCUUCCACGCGCACUACCCCGAGCUGUGCACUGAGGCCAAGCCGGCUCAGCAGCGAAGCACUCCGGACGUGGCAGAAGUGCAGCCCGGGACAGAUUACACUCAGGACGGUCCGGUGGAACUGCUGCCCUUCCUGUAUCUGGGCAGCGCUCACCACGCACGCCGGAACGAUUGUCUAAGCGAGCUGCGGAUCACGGCGCUGUUGAACGUGUCGCGGCGGGACUGGCAGUGUGACGGAGGGCCACAGCGCUACAAAUGCAUCGCAGUAGAGGACAGUCACACGGCCGAUAUCAGCUCGCACUUCCAGGAGGCCUUCGACUUCAUCGACGAGGUGAGGCGAGAAGGCGGAAAGGUGCUGGUGCAUUGUGAGGCAGGCAUUUCCCGCUCACCCACCAUCUGCAUGGCGUACCUGAUGAAGACGCAGAGGCUGCGUCUGGAGGAGGCGUUCGACGCCGUGAGGCAGCGACGCGCCGUCGUCUCGCCCAACUUCAGCUUCAUGGGCCAGCUGCUCCAGUUCGAGAAUGAGGUCAUGGCGUCCGCAACGGACAGCAAUAUCGAGAACAAAGACGACGGACGCGCGAGCGACGAGUUCACGAACAAUAAGAGCUUCGAGUCAUCCGUUUUCUCCUUCCCUACCUCCUUCCUGUCGCCCAUUAAACUCAGUCCCCUGACUACUUGAAAUCUAAAGGAAUAAUAAAGGCAAUACUUGGCGCAGCGAAGAUGAAAUUUCUGCACAAUCUUGUCUGCAGGAUAGUUUCACCAGGAAAAAUGUAGCGGAAUUUUUUUUUUCUAAUUUUGCGCACAGUACUUUUCGCUUGCUCAGUAGCUAGGACAGUAACUAGCCAACGUUCUGACUCGUUAUCGUGCGAAAUGAUUGGCUGUUGGUAAUGGUAAUUAGCUACCUAAUAAACAAGCAAAAGUAAAGGGUUAAAGUCAUCACCUAUAGUAGUUUGCUACAUAAACAAUGUAAAAAACAGCAAAUACAUUUAAACGAUGGCGUAAGUCUACCUUUUUUUUAAGGGGGGGUGAGGGGUCAUUUUGGCCUGUGAAGGCUUCUGGGUAAGACUUCUUCCUGAAGUCUGCACUGAUGUUCACUCGAACUCCCUGGCCUCCAAGGGCCAAGCUAAUGAACAGUAUUUAAUCUGAUAAAGCACUGGAAAGGCUGUUAGAAUGCCGUCAGGGAUUCGGCGGCAAACGAGUCGAGAAGUACUCGGCGUCUGAUUGUGUUUAAACGACUGCAUGGAAGUGAGUGUUGUUUUUUGUGUCUGCCUUAGAACACACUGCAAUACAAGCCUUAGUUUAAUAAUCAUUCAUGCCUACUUGUGAACCACGCUAAGGCUUUUAAGAUUAAUUUAUUGACUUUUUUUAAAAAACAAACACUUGUUUUCUUUUUUUCAUUUUUACCAAGUGUGAAUCUGUUAAUAAAUGUUUUAUACAAGUGAA